CUUAAACAAACCGAACACCAACACGAACACCAUAGCAGACCCAACACUCCUCCCAGUCUUCUAUCUCCUCCACCUUGACCUCCUCCAUCUUUUUCACCCCACUUAGCUUUAGAUCUCUCUCUGUCUCUCUCUUAACGGUCUACGCGCACCUUCUCUCGCUCACCCUCUUUUAUCGCUCCCCCUCUCUUCUUCCUCCUGCUUAUCCCUUUACUUUUCAUCUCGAGGAGGCUUCCUUCUUCUUCCUUAAUGGCUUAAGAUGCAAUAAACUAGCGACUGGAUUACGUAGAAGGCGUCUGAAUUGAAAGUGCAAUAAAUAUCUUGCUGCGAUGUAUGCAAGGAGACUGAAGUGUCGGAAUCAGAAGUGGACUGCAGUGCUUUAUUCAUCUAAACACUUAAUUAGGACGCCUUGCUUCGAGCAUGCUUGUUCUCGGCCUUUUAGUUGCACCUCUCUGAGGGGAAAUCUUGUAUCUCGAGAUAGCUUCUUAUUCAAAAAAUAUAUAUCGGAAUCAUCCUUCCCUUGGCGCCCAAACAGUUUUGCUGUCUUCCGUGAUAAUCGUGGUCCUUGUUCGAUCAGCAGUCACUUAAGGUUUUACAGCUCCAAAGGGGAUGGAAGUAAUGCAAGGAGCGAGGAUAAACAAGAGUCGGUGAAAGAUGGAGUGGAUAUUGAUAAGGUCAGGUCUCGCCGAGAAACAGAAAGGACUAUUAAUGUUUCUAAGGCUUGUGAUAUACAUGCUAGAUUAGGAGAGCAGGACCAGAAGGAAUGGCUCCACAAUGAGAAGAUAGCGAUCGAGAAUAAGGAGCGGGAAAUGCCAUUCCUCAGCAGAAAAGAGAAGUUCAAGAAUGAAUUCCUGCGGAGGGUCGUGCCCUGGGAGAAAAUAACUGUCUCAUGGGAAACAUUUCCUUACUACAUUCAUGAGCACACAAAGAAUAUUUUGGUGGAAUGUGCUGCCUCCCAUUUGAAAAACAGAGACCAGGCUACUUCAUAUGGUGCUCGAUUGACUUCUUCAAGUGGGAGAGUACUUCUUCAAAGUGUUCCAGGGACUGAGCUUUUCCGAGAGAGAUUAGUAAGAGCACUUGCUCGGGAUCUAAAAGUUCCUCUGCUGGUACUAGACAGCAGUGUGCUUGCUCCAUAUGACUUUGGUGAAGACUGUUCUGAAGAAUUGGAUGACGAAAGUGCCCUAUCAGGUGAGGAUUGUACGUCUGAGUCAGAGAUUGAAGAUGAGAAUGAAGUAAGUAAUGAAGACGAAUGGACGAGUAGCGGUGAGGCAAGAAGUGAUGAAGAAGUUGAUGUGCAGGCUACUGCUGAAGCUGCGCUCAAGAAGCUUAUUCCUUACAACCUUGAAGACUUUGAAAAGAGGGUGUCUGGAGAUCCUGCAGGUAACUUGGAGUCAUCACAGUCUGAAGAGGCCAGUUCGUCUGACAAAUCGAAGCAGUCACUUAAGAAAGGGGAUCGUGUGAAAUAUGUCGGGCCUUCCCGCACUGAAGGCCAGGAAAGUGAAAUGCGUCACAGGAUUGAGUUGGGGAAGAUACAGACAUCUGAUGGUCCAACAAAUGCUUAUACUAAAAUCCUUGGCAGGCCUAUAUCAACUGGUCAAAGAGGGGAGGUACUCGAGGUUAAAGGUGACCAUGUUGCUGUUAUUUUAGAUGUAGGUGGAAAUACAGCCAGUGAAAGCGGGAAGGACGAGAAACAAACAGACGAGCCCAUUGAAUCCCGGAUGCGUUGGUUAGAUGUUAAGGAAAUUGAGCAUGAUAUUGAAAGUCAAGCAGAAGAUUGUUACAUAGCAGUGGAGGCUCUAUGCGAGGUUCUGCGUUCCAUGCAGCCUCUUAUCGUGUACUUCCCAGACUCUUCCCAGUGGUUGUCCAGGGCUGCUCCAAGGUCGAGUCGAAAGGAGUUUGUCCAGAAAGUGCAGGAGAUGUUUGACAACCUGUCAGGCCCCAUUGUUUUAAUAUGUGGAAAGAACAAAGUCGAGACAAGCUCGAAAGAGAAAGAGAGAUUCACAAUGAUACUACCAAAUUUCAGCCGGAUUGCAAAGCUGCCUCUUUCGCUGAAACGCCUUACAGAGGGCCUUAAGGGAACGAAGAGAUCUGAUGAUAAUGCGUUAUAUAAGCUCUUCACCAAUGUCCUCCUUAUGCAUCCUCCCCAGGAGGAGGAUCUUCUCAGGACAUUCAAUAAGCAAGUUGAAGAAGACAGAAAAAUCGUGAUAUCCAGGAGCAAUCUGAAUGAAUUGCAUCAGGUUCUUGACGAACAUGAGCUAUCAUGCAUAGAGUUGCUGCAUGUAAACACCGAUGGUAUUAUCCUAACAAAGCAGAAAGCUGAGAAAGUUGUUGGCUGGGCGAAAAAUCACUACUUGUCUUCUUGUCCGCUUCCUUUGAUCAAAGGGGACCGACUAUGUUUACCACGUGAAAGCCUCGAAAUCGCAAUUUCGAGACUGAGGGAGCAAGAAAACAUAUCACGGAAGCCCUCCCAGAAUUUGAAGAAUCUCGCGAAGGAUGACUACGAGAAGAACUUUGUUUCAGCGUUGGUCCCUCCUGGUGAAAUUGGUGUGAAGUUCGAUGAUAUAGGUGCUCUUGAAGAUGUGAAGAGUGCAUUGAAUGAACUUGUUAUUCUUCCUAUGCGAAGGCCUGAGCUAUUUUCUCGCGGAAAUCUUUUGCGGCCUUGCAAAGGUAUUUUACUAUUCGGUCCACCUGGAACUGGGAAGACCCUCCUUGCCAAGGCACUCGCGACGGAAGCGGGGGCAAACUUUAUUAGCAUAACUGGUUCUACCCUUACAUCAAAGUGGUUUGGAGAUGCUGAGAAGCUCACCAAGGCUCUCUUCACCUUUGCCAGCAGGCUUGCUCCUGUUAUCAUAUUUGUCGACGAGGUGGACAGUUUGCUUGGUGCUCGCGGCGGUGCUUUUGAACAUGAAGCAACGAGGCGGAUGAGAAAUGAGUUUAUGGCUGCUUGGGACGGGUUAAGAUCAAAAGACAGCCAAAGAAUCCUAAUACUUGGUGCCACGAAUCGACCGUUCGAUCUUGAUGAUGCUGUUAUUAGGCGGUUGCCAAGAAGAAUUCAUGUAGACCUCCCUGAUGCUGAGAAUCGUAAGAAGAUUCUGAAGAUUAUCCUAGCAAACGAGAAUUUGGAACCAGGUUUUGAGAUUGAUAAGCUUGCAAACUCAACUGAGGGAUAUUCGGGUAGUGAUUUGAAGAACCUCUGCAUUGCAGCAGCUUAUCGACCUGUACAGGAACUUCUAGAGCAUGAGAAGCAGGUACACAAAGACAAUGGAUCUCCGAUGUUGAGGCCGCUUAAUUUGGACGAUUUUCUGCAGUCAAAAAGCAAGGUGGCGCCUUCGGUUGCAUAUGAUGCUGCGAGCAUGAAUGAGCUGAGGAAAUGGAAUGAGCAGUAUGGAGAGGGCGGAAGCAGGAGGAAGUCACCAUUCGGGUUCUGAAGCUAAUUUCCGAUAGAUUGGCCAAAAUUCAUUCCUUUUCUCCUUUCCUCUCCAACGAGAAAUUCCCCUCCGACUGUGGGGUCUGUAUCUUGUGGUUAGAGAAUGUCCAUUAAUCUCCUGUUCGGUGGUCGCCUGGUCGUCGAAUGGAACGAAAGGAGGGUCCUCGGUCUCAAGUCUCCGAAUGGCUGUGACAUGAGACGCCAUUUUUCGGCUUUUUUUAUAACGUGAUAAAGUAAUUUUCAAAGUUAAAAUUUUCUGUUGAAAACCUGUCCUAUCUACUAAAAACAAAAUAAUCAGGGCAUAUAUAUUGACCAAUUGGUAGAUAAUUUAGAGUUCAUUUUCUUCAAGGAAAAUAAGAAGGCAGAUAUUAGGGCCCUUGCCUUUCGACGGCAAGAAUCGCAGGAGUUGGAGGCGAGAAUUGACAUUGCUCUGCGAAAAUAUAUCAGUAGUAUCCUCAGAGUUCAUCUAGCUCGACGAUCAUGUCUU